AACCCGGAAGUAGUGCACAUAGCCAAGCAGCAUGUACCUGCGAGAAGAGCGGACUCAAUCGUGACGUGGUUGCUGUUUUACUUUACUUUUUUUAAAACACACAAAAAACAUCUCAUACGCGCUCGUAGGUUUUUUUUUUAUCACACCAAGGGGAAACGAUAAUUCACCGGAGAUGGGAGUCCCGGCGUUUUUCCGUUGGCUUAGUCGGAAAUAUCCCUCCAUUAUUGUACACUGUUUGGAGGAGAAGGGUAAAGAGUGUAAUGGAGUCCGCAUCCCCGUCGACACGACAAAGCCAAACCCCAACGAGGUGGAGUUUGACAAUUUGUACUUGGACAUGAAUGGGAUCAUUCACCCUUGUACGCAUCCGGAAGACAAACCGGCGCCCAAAAACGAAGAUGAGAUGAUGGUUGCUAUUUUUGAGUACAUUGACCGCCUGUUCAAUAUCGUGAGGCCCAGGAAAGUUUUGUACAUGGCCAUUGACGGCGUGGCUCCACGCGCCAAAAUGAACCAGCAGCGCUCCCGGCGUUUUCGGGCCUCCAAAGAAGGGAUGGAGCUCACGGAGGAGAAGAAUCGCAUCAGGGAGGAGAUCAUCCAAAAAGGAGGGUACCUUCCACCAGAGGAGAUCAAAGAGAGGUUUGACAGCAACUGCAUCACACCAGGGACAGAGUUCAUGGACAACCUGGCACAGUGUCUUCGCUACUACGUUGCAGACAGACUCAGUAACGACCCCGGAUGGCAGCACGUCACGGUCUUUCUGUCUGAUGCCAGUGUUCCUGGUGAAGGGGAGCAUAAGAUCAUGGACUUCAUCAGGAGACAGAGAGCUCAGCCCAACCACGACCCCAACACACAUCACUGCCUGUGUGGCGCUGACGCUGACCUGAUCAUGUUGGGCCUGGCCACACAUGAGCCCAACUUCACCAUCAUCAGGGAGGAGUUCAAGCCCAACAAGCCCCGCCCCUGUGCGCUCUGCGGACAAGUAGGUCACGAGAUCAAAGAGUGUCAGGGCAUGGCUCGAGAGAAGCAAGGAGAGCAUGAUGAGUUUGCCGACACUCUGCCAGUGUCUGAGCAGGAGUUCAUCUUUAUCAGACUGUGUGUGCUGAGAGAGUAUCUGGCUAGAGAGCUGACCAUGGCCAGUCUGCCCUUUUCUUUUGACUUUGAGAGGAGCGUCGAUGACUGGGUCUUCAUGUGCUUCUUUGUUGGAAAUGACUUCCUCCCUCACCUACCGUCCUUAGAAAUUAGAGAGGGGGCGAUCGAUCGACUGGUCAAAAUCUACAAAGACGUUGUGCACAAAACUGGAGGCUACCUGACGGAGAACGGCUACGUGAACCUGGAGCGAGUUGAGAUGAUCAUGCAGGCGGUGGGCGUGGCCGAAGACAACAUCUUCAAAAAACGCAAAGAAGAUGAUGAAAGCUUUAAGAGAAGGAUGAAAGAGAAACGAAGCAGGAUGAAGAUGCAGCAUCAAGGCCCAGCCUACCUCACCACAGGCCAAUUUGCUCCUCAUGCACUGGGGAGAGGCUGCCAGCCUGGUCCCGUGGGUAAUGCUCGCCACCAAGCCUAUGACAUGAGGAUGCAGUCCAACAAGGAUGCUGCCCAGUCCCUGAAGGCAUCGUUGAAGAAUGGUGGAAAUCAGGCACAGGCGUCUGCGGGCUCUAGUGAUGAUGCCAACAACAACAGAGGUAUGAAAAGGAAAAGUGCAGACAGCGACGACGAGCCCGAGCCAGAAGAUAACGUCAGGUUGUGGGAGGAGGGCUGGAAGCAGCGCUACUACAAGACCAAGUUUGACGUGGACCUGUCUGACGCAAAUUUCAGGCGGAAGGUGGUCCAGUCAUACGUGGAGGGUCUGUGCUGGGUGCUGCGCUACUAUUACCAGGGCUGCGCGUCCUGGAAGUGGUACUUCCCGUUUCACUAUGCCCCCUUUGCCUCCGACUUCAAGGACAUCCAAGAAUUGUUCACUGACUUUGAGAAAGAAACCGAACCGUUCAAGCCCCUGGAACAGCUGAUGGGCGUGUUUCCUGCUGCCAGUGGUAACUUCCUGCCAGAAACCUGGCGGGACUUGAUGAUCAGUCCAGACUCGUCAAUCAUCGACUUCUAUCCUGACGACUUCGCCAUCGACCUUAAUGGAAAAAAGUAUGCCUGGCAAGGUGUGGCCUUGUUGCCGUUCGUGGACGAGCGGCGUCUGCGGGCAGCUCUGGCUGACGUCUAUCCCGACCUCACGUCAGAAGAAGUGAGGAGAAACAGUCUGGGAAGCGACAUGGUGUUUGUUGGGAAGUCCCACCUGCUGUCGGACUUCAUCCAAGAACUCUACCAUGCAGAAUCUCAUGAGGGCACUGAGAUCCCUGCUGAGCUCUGUCAUGGAAUCCAAGGUACCUUAUUGCUCGAUGACGACCCUAUUCUACCAGAUAAGACGGUGAGAUCACCCAUACCGAUGCUUCGUGACAUUGCACAGAACAGUGCCAUCGGAGUGAAGUUCAAGGAUCCUCAGUAUGCAGACGGCUUCGUGUUCAAGGCGGUUAUGCUUCCUGGAGCCAAGAUUCCCAAUAACGUGCUGAAGCCAGAGGACUGGGAAAGGCGGGAAAAUCAGCCUUGGAGACCCCAGCUGGGUUUCAACCCACACAGGCAGCAGGCUCACUUGGACCAGUCAGGCUUCAGAGCUCUGGGUCACUCCUUGAACAGAAACCAACGUGGUGGAGGACAGUACAGCAGUGCCCCGCCUCCCAGCAACUACCACCACCAAGGAAACUACCGCUCCCCCCGCAAUAGCCGCGGGGGCGGCCAUCAUCAGCCCUACCAACAUUCCAGACCCGGCAGCUUUGUGGGAACGCGGCCGUCCUUCCAGCCUAAUUUUCAGCGUGGGCGCGGUGGUGGUGGCGGCGGCGGCGGUGGUCACGGAUGGGAUCGGGCCAAGCAGUCGCAGCAGGCGGCGUACCAACACAACACGAACCGCGGCAGGGGGGCGGGACCCAGCGGCUACCAACAACGCUACGAGCAAAGAGACAACUGGCGUGACCGCGGGGGACGCAACGAGCGGAGACAAUCCUACCAGGGCUACAACAGCUCCAACAGAGGUUACGGCAUGCCGCCCCCCUCUACAAGAUACAACUGGAAAUAAAACACAGACGCUGCUUUUCCUUUUUCUUCCGUUCUUCUUUGCCUCCUUUGUCCAAGCAGCUUUUAACUCCACUUUGUACCUUUUGAGAGAUUCUCCAACAUCUUUUUAUUAACUUAUCCAAUAAAAGAUCACGUGGAUGAAUCCAA